UUACCUGUUGUAAAAUUAUACAGUGUUAGGUUAAAUUGGCUUGUUAGUUAAGUGUUAUUAUUUUGUAUUAUUGAAAGAAAAAAACGUUUUUCCAGUUUUAUGUCAAAAUACAUUAUCCAUAUUAUUUUCUAAAUACAGUUGUUUUCAUUUUUUUUUCUUUUACUAUGGCUGGUACAUUAUUACAACAAAACUGCGGGUAUUGUAUUACCAUUAUAAAUUAAUUUUAUUCAUAUGGAGCAUAACUAAAUGUUCUAAUGACUACAUUAUCAGCAGUAGAUGUAAAUAGUGAGCAGUUGGCAAGGAAGACAUUACAUAAAUGUUUAUCUUUACUAAAUAUAUAUUCUAUGAUAAAAGAAAUAAGUGAAGACGAAUUAAAAAUAGUUAGCAUUGAAUUAAAUACUAAACUAAACAAUUCUUUAAAUAAAAUCAUGAAAAAUAAUAAACUUGAUGAAUUCUACGAAGAUGCUGGAAAACUAAUUUGCAACAAACUAAAAGAAGUCAAUCAGUUAUUAAGGUUUGAAGAAGGAAUAGACCAAUGUAUGAGAGAAUCAAAAAUAUGCUUUGAAUUUUACUGUUAUUUUUUAUUAGAUAAAACUUCUAUGACGCCACAAACAUUUUUGAAUAAUAUUUCAAAAAUAGUAUAUACUAACAUUAUUGAUAAUACAAACUAUGAAAUGUAUAUUGCUGAAUAGUGCCAGUCAAUACAUGUACUAAUGUUUCAAAAUUUAAGGAAUAUUUAUAUAUAAGGAUUAUUUUAAGAGAUUAUAAUUUUAGAUUUAAAUAUAAAUAGAAUAAAAUCAUUUGAAAAACAAUAAUUAUGCAUUAGCGAAACUU